UCUUUAAUAAACAGGACAAAGCCUUAGUCUCAGUUUUCCAUCCACAGUAGCAACAGAUAAUAAGAAAAUAAAGAGAGAGAGAUGAGUGAAGCAGGGAAGGUGGUAUGUGUAACAGGAGCAUCAGGUUACAUAGCUUCAUGGCUGGUUAAGUUUUUACUCCAACAUGGUUACACUGUCAAAGCCACUGUUCGUGACCCAAGUGAUCCAAAGAAAUCAGAGCACUUACUUGCACUUGAUGGAGCAAAGGAAAGGCUCCAUUUGUUCAAGGCUGAGCUACUGGAUGAGGGAGCUUUUGAUUCGUUAGUUGAUGGAUGCAUAGGAGUUUUCCACACAGCAUCUCCUUGUUAUUUCAAUGUCAAGGAUCCUCAGGCCGAAAUGAUUGACCCAGCUGUGAAGGGAACACUUAAUGUUCUUAGGUCAUGUGCUAAGGUUCCAUCUAUCAAACGGGUGGUUAUAACAUCCUCACUUGCAGCUGUUGUGUUUAACGGAAGGCCUCUUGGUCCUGAUGUUGUAGUUGAUGAGACUUGGUUCUCAGAUCCCACUUUCUGUGAGAAAUCAAAGCUUUGGUAUAUGCUUUCUAAGACAUUAGCCGAGGAGGCUGCUUGGAAGUAUACAAAAGAGAAUGGCAUUGACAUGGUUUCAAUAAACCCAGCGUUCACGAUUGGACCUCUCCUACGGCCAAUGGUUAAUACAAGCGUGGAGAUAAUAUUGAAACUUAUUGAAGGGCUGAGACAUAUUCCAAAUACAACUUAUAGAUUAAUAGAUGUUAGAGAUGUUGCCAACGCACAUGUACUAGCAUUUGAGAAUUCUUCAGCUUGCGGAAGAUACAUUUUAGUUGAGAGAGUUAUCCACUGCUCAGAAGUUGUGCAGGCUUUACGCGAGCUUUACCCUGAUCUUAGUCUUCCUGAAAAAUGCGCGGAAGAGGAACUAGGUGGUAUGCCAGUGUUUCAGGUGUCCAAGGACAGAGCAAAAAGUCUAGGCAUUAACUUUACCCCCAUAGAGGUGAGUAUAAAGGAUACGGUUGAAAGCUUGAAGGAGAAAAACUUCAUUUGAAUCAUGGCAUGUCUCAGCUAGUCAAUCAAAUUACCAUUAAUAACUGGGGACUGCUUCUCUUUUAGGGAUUAUUUCAUUAAUACAAAUGUUAUAUCCAUAUGCUGUGUUGGCUGCUGUUCGAGUUCUUGUCAUGUUUAGUUGUGAGCUUGUAAUAAUCAUCUGUAAGUCGUGAUAUGCACAACAAACAUGUUCGUGUAAAAUGCUUAUUAGCUUUUGUUCAAUGGAAUAAGUUGUCCU